CGUUCAUUACGUAAUGAAUCAAAUAUCAAAAAUAAUAAAAACUGAUAUAGAUACGUUAAAAACAAAACAUUUCCAAAACAAAAAUGAAAUCGAAAGAAACGAAUUUAUCGAAAUAAUGCUGAAUAAGUUUCCAAAUUUUAGUCGCCAUGGCAUGUUUGUAUUAGCAUUACAGUACAAAAAGCACGGAAUGUACAAAGAAGUAUCUGACAAUUUAUUCAGAAGCAUUUUGCAGGAUGAGUUAAGGCGAGAAUUGUUUGUAGGUUUCGACGGACUUGAAAUUAAUUUCAAACAAAGAAAUUUAGAUAAGAAGGAUGGAUAUCUUGAACGCAGUAGUGCAUUCAAAGCUUUAAAAAGUGCAAAACUACCAUUUUCCACUGAAAUUAUAAAUAUGUUAUUAGAGAGAUUUGCUCAUCACGAGACAAAUAAGGUGGAUUACGUGGACUUGCUGGAAUAUUUAAAUUAUACCAUAAACCCUACUCCCGGAGCACAAGGUUUAUCGAAGGAUGUAUUAUUAUACAGGAAACCAAACGAAGCAUUUAUCAGAGUCGGCGAGUUCGUCAACGAUUUACGGAAAUUAUUAUAAUCAUAUUAAUAACACCAUAAUAGUACCAACGUUUACACGGGUCCCCCACUCAACGCUUACAUUGGUUUCCAAUAUUGUCGCAAGAUCCGGCGGACUGAUGACACGUCAAACUGGUUCGUUUGGUAACCACUCAACAUGUGUUGUUGCUGCGACAUAUUGCAUUCAAGGGCGUUACGGGAUGUAUUGUGUAUUUGUGUGCCGUGUGAGUAGUGACUAGUGACUAGUGAGUAGUUCAUCUGAAACCUUCCGAUGAGUCGGCGUCGUUUUCAAAUCUCUUACUGAUAGAACCGUUUGACGUUGAUCGCUGCGCUUUUCUCGUGAAUCAUAUUUUUAGUGUGUGUGUGUAUUUUUGAAAUUGUAUUUUACUUAAACAUUCAUCCGACUAUUAUAAUAUUAUUAUUUUUUUUAUAACUUUUUAUGAUUGUUUUUAAAACAUUUAAAAUCUUGUCGUGACAGUCUCGUCCAUUCGUAUAAAUACAGUUUGAGCAAAAUUGGUAAAAUUCACUUAAUUUAGAUGGUGGUUGUACAA